CUCCACCUCAUAUCAUCACCAAACACCACCAGCACCGCGAGCCCUCCAACGUCGCUCGCAUUCCCAUUCAAGGUCAACCUCUUUCCGAAUUAUUUGUGUCCUUGGGCGAGGUUUACCAAUUAUCCUCGCCGGCACCUUUCGAGCCACGAAAACCAUCUUUUAUCGCCUCCGAACGGUGGAGCCGAAAACCCUUCUUAUCACUCCCGGGGCAUCUAAUCCACCUUUAACAGACAUCGCCGGUCAUGCCUGCAAGGCCCGUUUCCCUUUCCGCUCGCUCGCGGUGCUUGCUCCGCGCCCCGAAACAUUCUCAGCGCCAGGCUUUCUCGACGCGGAGUCCCCUUAACGGUGCCCAUGAGCCACACUAUGAUCCCCCAACCGGUUGGUUGUUCGGCGUCAAGCCAGGUCAGAAAUACGUAAAAGAGGGAUGGGAAGGUCUGUGGACAUAUGGAUUUGUGGGAAGUUUGGUGGUUGCGGGAAUCGCAUAUUCUUUCAAGCCGGAUACUUCGAUACAAACAUGGGCUCUAGAGGAGGCAAGACGGCGGCUCGAAAAGGAGGGCAUCCUUGAGGAUCCUGAUGUCGUGAAAAAGGAAUAAACCUUGCAUCCUGGCCCGUACACGUUUUAUAUUCCGCCUUCUGUACAUAGAAUCUCCGUCCGCUACGCGAGGUUGAAAAGAUGUAUGACAAGAGGCCCUGUUUGUUCAGUUUAGACCAGCCAUGAUAAUUCAAACAGAAGUGCUGUUUGCUUUGUUAU